AUGACACUAUCCACACCCCAACUCACCACACCCACCAUAACAACGCCCCCAACCUGGGCUACCCUCCCGAAAACCCUCCGCCAAACACCCCCCUCAAACCUCACAUCCCAUUCGAUCAACCAAAAGCGCGGCAGACCACUCGACUCCUUUCUCGAAGGACCCAUCUACAUUCAAUCCCUAAACCUCCUCUUUCUAACCGACAUUCCCUACGGACGAAUCUUCACCAUCGAUCCCACCACCGCGCAAUGGUCCCUCUUCCUCCAAUACGAUGGCGAACCCAACGGACUCGCCUACCACCACAUCACAAAGAAAAUCCUAAUCGCCGACUUCAAAAACGGCAUUCUGGAACUCGACCCCGUCACGAAAAAUCUCCGCACCAUUGUCUCCCGCUACCACGGCGAGAGGCUUAAAGGCCCAAAUGAUUUGGUGGUUGAUUCAAAGGGAGUGGUCUAUUUCACUGACCAGGGGAUGACGGGGCUGCAUGAUGCGACGGGGCGGGUGUUCAGGUUAUUUCUUGAUGAAAAUUAUAAGGGGGUUGAUGGUGAACUUGGUGGAAGGCUAGAGAUGAUUAUAUCGAAUGGGCCAUCGCCGAAUGGGUUGGUGUUGAGUCGCGACGAGUCGGCGCUGUUUGUAGCCAUGACGAGAGAUAAUUCUAUCUGGUAUGUGCCGUUCAUGUUGGAUGGGUCGGUGCAGAGGGUAGGGAGGUUUGCGAGUUAUUAUGGGAUAGGUGGGCCGGAUGGGAUGGCGAUUGAUAGUGAGGGGAAUAUUCUAGUGGCGCAUUCGACUUUAGGGAGGGUGUUUGUGCAUGAUAAGAGUGGGGAGAUGAAGAUAGUCAUUAAAAGUGAGAAAGGGGCGAGUACAACGAAUUUGACGUGGGGUGUGGGUGAAAGUGGUAGUUUGGAUACGUUGUAUAUUGUGGAGAGUGAGAUGGGUGAGAUUCUGAAGGUGGAUUGGCAUUGUAAGGGGUGGUUGGUUAAGGGGUUGGAGUAG